CUUGUAGCAAAGGAAAUGCCAGACAUAAAAGCUUCCCUCCUCUUCUUACCUUUCCAGAAUUCCUAUGCACUUUGGAUCACUUCCUCCCUUUUCCUAAACCGUAAACACGAUGCACCAUCCAACUCAAGUUCCACCAAACAUCGCCACCCAUGUUGUGGCGGUGCCAUACCCAGGGCGAGGCCACGUCAACCCCUUGAUGAACCUCUGCAAGUUGUUUCUGUCCAACAACCCCGACAUCCUCGUAACCUUCGUAGUCACCGAAGAAUGGCUGGGCUUCAUCGCUUCCGAACCCAAACCCAGCAACAUCCGAUUCGCCACAAUCCCUAACGUUAUUCCCUCCGAACACGGUCGAGCCAACGACUUCGUCGCCUUCCUCGAAGCCGUGAUGACCAAAAUGGAAGCUCCCUUUCAAGACUUACUCCACCGCCUUCAGCCGCCGCCAACAGUAAUCAUAUACGACACUUACCUCUUCUGGGUCGUUCGCGUUGCAAAUCGGGCAAACAUUCCCGUCGCGUCGUUUUGGCCAAUGUCUGCGUCGUUUUUUGCCGUGCUCAAACACUACCAUCUUCUCCAGCAAAAUGGUCACUACCCUGUAAAAGUAUCAGAAGGUGAGAAACGUGUGGAUUAUAUUCCGGGGAACUCGUCAAUUCGUUUGGCAGAUUUUCCACUUAACGAUGAAAGUUUGGGCAGCCGAAAAUUGUUGGAAAUGUCUUUGAAUGUUGUACCAUGGGUGCAGAAAGCACAAUAUCUGUUAUUUCCUUCCAUAUAUGAGCUUGAGCCUCGAGCUAUCGAUGCUUUGAAAGCAGAGUUCUCUAUUCCCAUUUACACUAUGGGCCCUGUCAUACCUUGCUUUAUUAAUGGCCAUAUUGAUGUUUCUAAACAUGACUACUUUCAGUGGCUUGACAACCAACCUUCUGGGUCGGUACUAUACAUCUCACAGGGAAGCUUUCUUUCAGUUUCUAGUGCACAAAUUGAUGAAAUUGCAGCUGGUUUGCGCGAAAGUGCUGUUCGGUUCUUGUGGAUAGCGCGAGACAAGUCUUCUAGGUUGAAGGAGAUAUGUGGGGAUAGGGGAAUAGUUCUGCCAUGGUGUGAUCAAAUGAGGGUGUUGCAGCAUCCUGCUAUUGGUGGUUUUUGGUCACAUUGCGGGUGGAAUUCCAUUAGAGAAGGUGUUUUCAAUGGUGUUCCUUUUCUAACCUCUCCAAUAGUGAUGGACCAACCUCUUAAUAGUAAAUACAUAGUAGAGGAUUUAAAGGUUGGGUGGAGGGUGCAGACAGAGAAUGCGCAAGGCACUCUGAUUAAAAGAGAUGAAAUCGGUAUCCUUCUUAAAAAAUUUAUGGAUCUGGAUAUUGAUGAAGCAAGAGAUAUGAGGAAGAGAGCCAGAGAGCUUCAGCAGCUAUGUCAGAAUGCAAUUGCAUGUGGUGGAUCAUCAGAAACUAAUGUGAAGGCUUUUCUUAGGCAUAUAUUACAAGGUUCCAAGCCGUAGAGUAAAUCCACGUGUUUAAGUAGAGAUCAUUUGUUGUUACAUUUGAGGAACCAGUUCACUAUUUUUUGUUUCAAUUAUCUUAUUGUUGAUGUAAUUUCUCUAACUGAAUCUGCUUCGUAAGUAAAUGGAAAUCAUGAGACUAUGAAUGUGGAAGGGGGUCUUAGAUACCUUAAAUCUGAGGAAUGUAAUGAGCGUAAUGAUUCCAUGAA